AUAAUCCUUAUUCGGUUGUCAACAUAGCAAGUACGACAGUCACUAGCCAUCCUUCAAGGCGCGAAGACGUGUUUGUUAUUAUUAUUUAUUAUUAAUAAUUAAUAACCGUGAUAAUAACACGUUGACACUUCGAAAAGUUGUGAAAGAAAAUUCGUAAGAAUGAACCACACAAUAGAAGAAUCUCCGUUAAUGCAGACUCCGAUGACUCAGGAGAAAAUGGACAAAUGGGUGGACGCUCAAAUCAAAGGCGAGAAAAUUGAGAUCGAUGUGUAUGGAAAGCCCACGGAACAAAUGCUGAAAGAGCUUGAAAACGUCCGAAAUUUGAGCAAGGAACUACAGGAUAAUUUGCAUGAAUUAGAAACCUCAGUCCGCAUAGCAGAGGUAGAAAAUCAAGCGAUGAACCCAACUGCUGAGAUUUUAGACUUCUCGGAAGACCACGAGUUUGUUCCUGACAACCAGGAUACAUAUUAUGCUGAAGAGGAUAAGAUGGAUGCUAAAGAAGAAGAGAAACAGAAGCUUACGAAGGGUAAAGGAGCUAAGACUGAAAUUCAGAGUUUUUAUAAAGACCAGUGUGUGUUUUUGACCGGUGGUACUGGGUUCUUGGGGAAAGUUCUCAUCGAGAAAUUAAUUCGUGCCUGUGGAGAUAUCAACACAAUAUAUGUGUUAGCUAGAAGUAAGAAGGGGAAAGACGCUACAGUCAGGCUACAUGAAAUGAUGGACGAAUUUCUGUUCCACAGAGCUCACGAAGUAAACCCUAAAGGCAUUCACAAAGUGGUGCCAAUAGUAGGAGAUAUGGAACUGCCAGGGUUAGGCAUCAGUGAAGAGGAUAGGAAGAUGCUUACUUCCAAGGUUACAAUAAUUAUUAACGCGGCGGCCACAGUCAAGUUUGAUGAAAAACUAUCAGUUUCUACAGCUAUUAAUGUAAAAGGAACUAAGGAAGUCCUGAAACUGGCUAAAGAGUGCAGGAAUUUGAAAGCUAUCACCCAUGUGUCGACUGCUUUCUCUAACACUCAUGUGAAUCAUAUUGAAGAAAAGUUCUACGAACCUCCAAUGUCCGUGGAGGCACUUGAAGCUUUGACUGAAGUCGACAACAAAUUGAUUGAAAGCAUCUUACCCACACUUCUAGGAAAACGUCCAAACACAUAUUGCUUCACAAAGGCGAUAGCUGAAGAGGCUGUCAGGAAAUAUGGUGAAGGAUUGCCUAUCAGCAUUGUUCGACCUUCCAUAGUUGUAUCGACAUACGAAGAGCCCGUGCGAGGCUGGACGGAUAGCGUGUAUGGACCAACCGGACUCGUAGUUGGAAUUGGCACUGGGGUUUUGCGUACCAUGUAUAUGGAUCAAUCAAAGGUAGCUGACAUGGUACCAGUGGAUCUAUGCGUGAAUGCCAUCCUUGCAUCUGCUUGGUUUACUGCCAAGAAUUUUAAGGAAAACCAAACAUCGCACAUACCGAUCUACAAUUUUGUUUCUGGAGCACAAAAACCAAUUACAUGGGGAGAUUUUAUAGAACGCAACCGAAAGUACGGCAUCGACAAACCUACAACAAAGGCUGUGUGGUACUACGGUCUAAAUCCUACAAACAACUACUAUUUGUUCCUAUUCUACAAUUUCUUCCUGCACUACUUGCCUGCUUUGAUGAUUGACACUUACUGUGCUAUCACGGGGAAGAGACGAGCGAUGAUAAAACUGUACAACAAAGUGAUGAAGCUAGCCAACAUUUUGUUCUACUUUUCCACUCAAGAUUGGCAGUUUUCUGACUAUAACGUCAGAAAUAUGUGGAAGAGUCUGUCUGAUGAGGAUCGCGUGGUAUUCCCGUUUAGUAUAGGAGAAAUGUCUUGGGAGUACAUGUGUGAAACUUUCUUAGUUGGUCUUCGAGUGUACCUCAUCAAGGAUGACUUAUCCUCAUUACCUGAAGCCAGGAAGAAGUGGAAUAAACUGUACUACCUGCACCAGGUCCUGAAAGCUGUAACUUUAGGUCUAGUUAUUAACUUAGCCUAUUUUGUAUUAAAACCUGUGCUAGCUCUCGUUUUUGGCCAUUGAGAUAAAUCCAUAUUUAAGUCU